GUUCGCGAGGUCGAGCUCCGAACUUAUUGUGAAUCCAGCGUUUGUCAACAAAUAAAUUGUAUAAAAAAAUAAAACUGUUAUAUAACAGUAAACAAAUAUUGUGCUUUGUCUUUUAUAAUAAUUUUAAUCUAAUGUGAAAUAAUUUCUGCAGCAAGAAUAAUAAGCAGAUGGUUUAGUAUGGUGCAAGCAUAGCAAGCGACAGGAUUUGGGAUGUUGAAAUAUUUCAAUUAAAUAUAAAUAAAUAAAAAAAAUAUUACACUAUUUAUAGGUACAGCAAUGGAAUAUAACUAUGCCAGCUGCUAAAUGAGUCACGCGUUGCUAUUUUUAAUCAAGAAAGCACUCCGUAUAACGUGGCGUCAUCUGAACUGAACUAUCGAUAUAUAUCAAAUGUAUAAAAUAAAAAUGGAUGAAAAUAAGAGUUUUCGCUGUAGCGAAGAUGGUUGCGGCAAGGCGUUCUGGUUUAAGGCAGCACUGAAGCGACACAUGAACACCCACAAGGAGGUCGAUCCGGAUGAGCCGACAAUCUCCUGGGGCUGCAGCGAAUGCUGUAAAGUGUUUGCUAAAGUGGAAACGCUGCGUCGUCACUACAAAACGAGUCAUGGCUCGGUUCAAAUAUAUACCUGCGAAGUCCCGGACUGCAAUCAAAUGUUUCAGCGCAAGGAUAAUUUGACGCGACAUGCCGCCUCGCACGGCGAUAAUAAACAUAGCUGCGAAACCUGUGGCAAAUCCUUUGCCAGAAAGGACGCAUUGACCAGGCACAAAACCAUUCACACGAGACAAAAUCAAAUAUCGGCUGGACUCGAAUGCGUUUCUGCUGAAUGAAACAAGUUCGAGUCCAGCCACUCUGCAAAUCCAUCGAAGAUAGUGGCACUCAAUUCUGACUUGGGUUUAAUGUGCCCCCUCAAUUCUAGGUCAGUUACUAAAAGUUAGAAAACAGCGUUCCAAGUUUGUGUGGAUUUAGCUGCAUUAUAAGCAAGAGUACAUGUAUAAGCAUAUGAAAGACAAAAUAUUUAAUGAAAGAUAUUAACAAUUACUAGCUAUUUAUAUGGGAUUAUAUAAAAGAAACUGUAAAAAAAACUAGCUAUAAAUAUGGGAUUAUAUAAAAUAAACUGUAAUAAAAAC